AUGGAACGUAUGGAGGUAGACGAUUCGGCCGUGGUCGAUCUGAGCCUCGGUUCUGGCCGCUCUUCGAUCACGAUCACACCGGCCACGGCGCGCGAUCUACGUGCUCUGGCGAAAAACUCCGGGCUCACUAUCACCCCCGCUCUGCCACCCGUGUCAUCCCCACACGGAAGCACGAACCCCGGCAAUGGUGGUGGGGGAGGAGGCAGUGCUCUUAGUCCCAAUGCACCAACAGCAAGUAGCGGAGGGGGAGGAGGAGGUGGCGCUACUAGUGGUGGAGGUGGCUGUAGUGCAGGUGGAGGUGUUAGUGGUGAAAGUGGCAGCACAUCUCCCAUCCCCGGUCGGCGGGUCCUGCGACCCCGCACGGAAGUGAAAUCGUACGCGGAAGUGCCCGAUAUAGUGCUGUUGCCGGCCAAAGUGAACGGUCGGUCACAGAAUGGAAGUGGUGGCGGUGGCAGCGUCACCGCCGGGCUAUCGGAAUCCGAAGAUGAGGAGAUGCCACCGGUGUACCCAAUCAAGGAGCUGACGGCGGCCGAAAUCUGCGAACGGGAGCGUGGGCUGCGCAAACUGCGCGAGGAACUUCGCAGCGAGGAAACGAAGCUGGUGCUGCUGAAAAAGUUGAAACAAUCGCAGCAGGUCAUGAUGAAGGAGAACCUAAUCGUGACACCGAGCAACACGAACCUGUCCAACCCGCUCGCAUCGAUCCCGGCCGCCCUAACGAAGGGUUCGCUCAGCGUCACGCCAACCAAUGCGGUGCCACUGCCAGCCCAUUCGAAGUCGUCUUCCUCGGCCAAACCCAUCUCCAAUCCGGUGAACAAUCGAGGAUCACCGCUGAAUAUCACCCCGGUACCGAAGGUAUCGCUGUCGCAAAGACCAUCCCUGCCGGGUGGUGCGACACUGACGCCGAGCAGUCCCGGACAGCGGUUACCGAUUGGGUUAAGCCGGGCCGCAUCCAACCUCAUCAUCACGCCGUCGGUAACGAUCACACCGACCAAUGCGCCCACCGCGGCCAUGAAGCAGCGCAAUAGCCAGAAUCUUGGACAAUUGAGUAGCUCGGUAUCCAUCACACCAACACCGCCAAUACCGGCUCAAAUAAGUUGUACGACCGUGGAACCGGUGUCGCUGAAGCGCGAUCGUGACCAAUCUUCUCGGGAGGAUCCACAAAGCCAAGCGCAAAGACAAGCGUCCGCGAAAUUGGCACUGCGCAAGCAGUUAGAAAAAACCUUGCUCCAGAUUCCACCACCGAAACCACCCCCACCGGAGAUGCACUUUGUGCCGAACCCGAGCAAUAUCGAGUUCGUGUAUCUGCUCGGGCUCGAGCACGUGGUGGACUAUCUGACGAAGGACAAAAAACCGAACCCACCGCAGCAACCGUACCGGUGUGCGCAGUGCAAGAUCGACUUUACGCCCGUCUGGAAAUGGGAAAAACAGGGUAAAAGAGGAAAUCCCACUUUUCAGAACAGUCCAGUGGGCAAGAAUCCUAAAGUUAUUUGCGAGCAGUGCGUGACAAGCAAUGUGAAGAAGGCACUGAAGGCAGAACACACAAACCGUCUCAAGACUGCCUUCGUGAAGGCAUUGCAACAGGAGCAGGAAAUUGAAGCCCGACUCGCUGCACAGAGCAGUCCAUCGCCUGUCGAAAUUCAUCCCACGCCCUCGUCCACUCCCGGAUUGCGUGAGCAGCGAGAGUUGCGCGAACUGGAACAAGCCCAACAGCAGGCACAAGCGCAACAGGCAGCGCUGCAGCAUCUGCAGCAGCAGCAGCAACAACAGCAGGCGGCUGCAGCGGCGGCCGCAGCAGCAGCCGCUGCCGCCCAGCAGGAACGACAGGAGCGGCAACAGCGUCAAAAGGAGCAACAGGAGCAAUUGCGACAGCAGCAAGCUCAACUACAGCAGCUGCAGCAACAGCAGCUCCAGCAGCAGCAACAGCAACAGCUUCAGCAGCAGCUUCAACAGCAACAGUUGCAGCAGCUGCAGGAACAGCAGCAGCAGCAGCAACAACAGAGUCGCCAUCACCAUCUCCAUCAGCUGCACGCGGCCCAUCUGCAGUCACAGGCACCAUCGAAAUCGAAAACUCCUACACCGACGCCACGACCCACGCCGACACCACCGAACCAGCAUCAGACACCGCCUCCUGCAUCCAGUUCCCGUUCCAGCAGACACAGUGCAACAGCGAACGCAACAGUCGAAGCUCAACUUACUGCACUGGCCGGGCUCGGUGGUCUGGGACAGCUCGGUGCACUCGGCAACUUUGGCAGCCUGGGUAAUUUGGCCAAUCUCAGCAAUUCAACGGCAGCUGCUGCUGCCGUACAGGCACUACAUCAGCAGCUAUUCAGAGGACUUCAACAAAAUCUUCAGGCUGGUAACCUAAACAUGAACAGCCUACAGGCGCAAAUGAUGCAAUUUUCGCCACUACUAUAUUCCUAUCAACUGGCGAUGGCACAAGCAGCUGCAUCACUAUCGGCAGCCGGCAAAGGUACAUCGCUCGCCGAAAUGCAGCGUGCGUUGGAGUUGCAGCGCCAAUAUCAAGAGAUGCUAUCACAGUCCAAUCCAGGACCGAGUAAUAGUAGACAGAACAACUGGAAAUCCUAAGCAAAACGCAGCAGCGCUAUUGAAUAUAUAGGAAACGGCGAAACAUUGCAUGAUGUUUAUGAAUGUACUGCCACCGUCCCUUCGACACACAUAUAUGCGCCAUGCGGCUUAGGACGAGGUGUGCAAAACGAAGGAAGUGACUUAAUAUCGUGCUCAAACAUAAUACUGCGAGCGUUGCCGUAACGCCAACACGUUCAUAACAAAGCCCAUUUCGGUGUGCUGCAUGUGGUGUGUAUAUUCGCUUGCCCACAAAGGUCCAUUGAUCGACGAGGCACCCGGAUUCUAAACCCUUGUCGUCGUCGUCAAGUAAACACAUAAAACACACAACACAAAAACGAAAUUCCGACGAGAGAAGGCUUCACACCGCAGACUGACUCUGGCUUUAAAUGCUGUUGGGCGAUGAUAACCGUAGUGAGUGCUGAUUUAGUUGUAAGUUACACCUUUUUUGUUUUUAUAUGUUUUUACUUUAUAUCAUUUACUUUUAUUGACGAUAAUUAAGACGCGUUAUAGUAACAGUAAUGUAGGUAAUUUGGCUAGUGUGAACAAAUGCGUUUGUUCGCUUCGAAGAAGGGUUACACACCACGACCAACAGAGCGCCCUAUUAAUGCUCGGACACCAAUGUAAGGUUCCGUCGUACAGUAGUCGACAAACGGACGACUUAACAGCAAGCCUAUUAAGCUGUCAGGCUGUUGGGGUGCAUCAAGUCACGUAUCGCCAGCCAACGGAGAGGCUAGGCGAGAAAGGACCGGUAAGCGGUUGUAGAGCCAAUUAAGGAUAAAGGAGUAGCAUCUGCACCGAAUAUUUGCGUGAUAAAUGUUGGAUGGGGUGGGUUGUAAAGCUAAGCAUGUGAGUUCAUCUUUUUAACAUCCCGUUUGUGGAUGAACGGACAUAAUGCGUGUUCCGUUCCCAAAUUGCCGCCCCCCUUAGUUUUGGGUGGUUACGUUGUGUGGACACACUUUUUGCCUUUUGAUAAUUAUAUAAAUUAAACAAUA